AUGGCGACUCGGUCGCAUCUUCUACCAAGUCCGCUGGACUGGAAAUUGGUCCUAGUUGCUGGAGUCGGGCUGUUCUCGGCGGGAGCAAUUGCAAGAGGGUUGUUCAGGAGUCCGAGAACGGCGGCCGUGUUCCCGUCGCCACAGAAAACGCUGCUGCCAAAGCUGUCGGAUGCCGAGAAGUCAGAGCUGCCAUAUCCGCCAGACGUCUUACCUGGGGCAAGAGAUGUGGAUACGCCGUAUGGCUCGAUCAGAGUCUACGAGUUUGGACCCGAGGACGGUCGAAAGGUGAUACUUGUGCAUGGCAUCAGCACGCCUGCGAUCGCCCUAGGAUCUGUCGCAAACGUUCUUGCGGAUAGCGGGUGUCGUGUUCUCCUCUUUGACCUGUUCGGUCGUGGCUAUUCCGACACUCCGGGAGAUGUCCAGCACGACAUUAGACUUUUCACAACUCAGAUUCUUCUGGCUCUCGCCUCGUCCCCGCUGUCGUGGACUGGUGCCGGCUCUGGGAAAUUCUCCAUGAUUGGAUAUUCCUUCGGUGGAGGAGUCGUCACAUCUUUCGCGUCCUACUUCCCGGACCUCGUUGAUAGCUUAAUCUUGUUUGCGCCAGCCGGUCUCAUCCGACCUCACCAUAUCAGCAAGACGAACCGCAUAAUAUACCAGGAAGGUGUCAUUCCGGAGCCAUUGCUCCAGCGCAUCAUCAAGAACCGACUGAGGACCCCACUCUCGACGCCCCCUGAUGAGAAGGGCAAGAAGGUCGACGCAACCAACGCUGUCAAAGCUGAAGUGAACAUUGAGUAUAACUCUCAAGCGGUGCUGUCGAAGAAGUACCCCCAUGUUACUGUUGUCAAGGCAGUGGCUCACCAAGUUGAUCAUCAUCCUGGAUUCGUCCAAGCAUUCAUCUCGAGCAUUCGAUAUGGACCAGUCAGGGAACAGCACGACCGCUGGCGCAUUGUGGGGAGGAGGUUGAGCAAACUUAAUCAAGAAAAUGGGACUCACAAGAAAGUCCUUAUUGUUCUUGGUGAACAUGAUCCGAUCAUCGUCAGAGAAGAGCUUGAAGAAGAUGCGGCCGACGUUUUCUACGGCAACGUCGAGUUUGCCACUUACGAUGCCGGCCACGAGGCGCCUGUCACCAAAGGGGACCAGAUAGCAAUGAGCAUCCUUGACUUCUGGAAACGAGGUGACUGA